AUGUCGGGAGGCAUCGCGCGUGGUCGGCUCGCCGAGGAGCGUAAGGCUUGGCGGAAGAACCACCCUCAUGGUUUUGUGGCAAAACCAGAGACGUUAGCUGAUGGGACGGUGAAUUUGAUGGUGUGGCAUUGCACUAUCCCUGGAAAAGCUGGUACUGAUUGGGAGGGUGGUUACUUUCCGCUUACUCUGCACUUUAGUGAAGAUUAUCCAAGUAAACCACCCAAAUGCAAAUUUCCGCAAGGUUUCUUCCACCCCAAUGUCUACCCUUCUGGAACUGUUUGCCUGUCAAUCCUUAAUGAGGACAGUGGGUGGAGACCAGCCAUCACAGUGAAGCAAAUUCUUGUUGGCAUCCAGGACUUGCUGGACCAGCCAAAUCCUGCUGAUCCAGCACAAACUGAGGGUUAUCAUCUUUUUAUUCAGGAUGCUGCAGAAUACAAGAAAAGGGUUCGCCUGCAAGCCAAGCAAUACCCUCCUCUUGUCUAA